AUGAGCUCUUGCUUCUGUAAAGAGGGAGAUACUCCAAUUGAAUUGUCAAGAGAGCCCGCCAGAAGCAUGGAAAGCCAGGCUUCUGAUCCCCUAGUCAAAUCCUCGGAUCCUCGGCAUCCAGCAAACCUUAUUUGCUCACUUUGCAAGCUCUUUUACUACAACAAUUGGGUUACUGGGACCGGUGGCGGCAUCUCUAUUAAGCAUCCGGAAACGGGCCACAUCUACAUUGCGCCCUCAGGGGUUCAAAAAGAACAACUGCAACCGGAGCACAUGUUCGUGAUGGACCGUGCUUCGGGCGCUUACAUCCGUACUCCUCAACUAUACAAACCCAGCGCAUGUACACCUCUGUUUCUAUCAUGCUAUUCCCAGCGCAAUGCUGGCGCCGUUAUCCACACGCAUUCACAGCAUGCUGUUAUGUGCUCAUUGAUCUUUGACAAGGAGUUCAGAAUCGCCAACAUUGAGCAGAUCAAGGCGAUCCCGAGUGGCAAAAAAGAUCCACUAAGGGGCAAAGAUCUCAACUUGUCAUUUUUUGACACUUUGGUGAUACCUAUUAUCGACAACACGGCACAUGAGGAAGACUUGACCGAUGGACUACAGGAAGCUCUACUGGCAUAUCCCAAUGCCACGGCUGUUAUUGUUAGAAGGCAUGGAAUCUACGUUUGGGGCCCCACAGUCGAUAAGGCCAAAGUUUUCAACGAAGCUAUCGAUUACUUGAUGGAAUUGGCUUGUAAAAUGCGCCAACUCGGAAUACCUCCCGACUGUGGCAUAGGGGAGGAAAGUAAAUUCCUAAGAUAG